AUGCCUUGUACAAUCACCGGCCUAUAAACCUGUCCCCUCUCCUCGCCCUUCGCUGGAUGGCUGCUCACCGACCGCGCUAGCCGUGCGUGAGGCAGCGAGGCUUUUUCGCGCACUGAAGAUCUGCAUCACCGACCUGAAUACGCAUUUUGAUUAUCCGAAUAUGGCGCGGAACACAACAACUGCAGCGACAUCGAGCCUCCCAUACAGAAGUAGCCGGCUCGGCUUCGUCAGCAAUACACACACGCCUCCACAUCCAUCCGCCGCUACACUACACUCCUCGUCUCGCAAAGCGCCCAGUUAUUCGCCGCCCAAGCUCAUCAGGCCGUGCUUCAGCGAGUAUCUUGAUAGUGCUGGUCAAAGGUUCGAGCUGCGCUAUACUGGUCGCCUCACAUCCGACAUAUGGUCCAAGCCGGUCUUUCUCGCUACGGUACACGGUCCAGACGAUACAGCAUCCACCGGAGUCGUGGUCAAAUUCACCGAAACGUACGGGGAAGAGGCACACCGAUUGACGUACAAUUGUGGUUUCGCCCCGCUAUUACGGUUAUGCGCCAAGGUCGAGAGCGUCGGGAUGAGGGUGAUCGUCACGGACUACGUCGAAGGCGACAUGGCGAUUAGCCCCCUGGGUUCUACCUCUCACUCCGCAACGCCAUCAAGACGCUACAUGCUCCUGGGUUCGUGUUUGGGAUUUACGCGAGCCGAGCGUAUUGGUCACGGAGGGUGGCGAGGUCAAGUUGAUUGACUUUGACUGGUGCGGGCCUGUCGGUGAGGCGCGAUACCCGGAUGACAUCUCGUUGGAUCAGGUCUGGUCCUAUGUCGGCCUGUGGGCAUCUGGGUAUGGCUGGCAUCCUGAUGUGCAGCGUAAAGGGUUGAUAGCCACGGAGUACCGAUGCGCGUGUUCUAGCAGCUCACGGGCCAGACCUUGUACAAAUGGUCUCGCAAUUCACCUUCAUUCAUGCCGGUAGG